CGGUUGUGUGAAACGAUAAAAUAUUAUGACAUAUUUAAAAUGUGGUUAAUUUCUGAGAAAACUAUAAUUAGAGAUAUUCUUAAGUAUCUUGACUCUUGAAACAGAAUCAACUAAUUUUCCCACUAGUGCCUACAAUGAAGGAGCAGUGAAAUGUAUGAAUAACUUUUCUUACGAGCAUGCUGUGUGGAACCCAAUCAUCUGUCAACAGGUAACAAAAUAUGGCAUUACCAGACUGGUCACCAAAAUCACCUGAAUGGUCUAAAGAUGAGAAAAAACUCGUACUUGAAGAUAUUAUAUCCGAGCCAACAAAGCAGAGCUUAAAAGACAUCAUCUCUAAUAGCGAUGAAUUUCCUAUCAAAUUUCCUAUAGAUACGGGAAGAUGUAAAACAUUAACAAGUUACUUAACUGAGUCCACUUUAGAAAGAAAUAUAAAUUCCGUCUAUCCUCUGAUCCAUGAAAACGCUCUAGAACUGUACUGCAAGUUUAUUUUGUACAAAAGACAUCAUGGUAGUGCCGUUGAAAAAUCUCUUUAUAAAAAAAUGACCCUAAUGGAAUUUAUAAACAGAUUGUUGAAGAAAAGAGCUGUGAUGUUUAUGGGAAAGGAUGAUAAAUACUUGCUGUUAUCUGGAGAAAAAGGAUCUAAAGGUUGGGAAAAUAUUGGAACUGACAAAGAACAACCUCCCCUUCUCCUUCAAAACUGCAUAAGCUAUGACGAAAUUAAACUUGCCGUAUUUCUGUCUGUGAGUUCUUACACAUAUUUCGUCAACAUAGGCGAUAGAAAAAACAUGGCAAAAUACGCAACCGAUCGGAAAGAUAUCGAAGAUGAAGGUAUUAUAGUUGGGAUGAUUGGCCCAAGACUAAAAAAAGUUAAUGUCAUGGAAUUUCAGGAAAUGGUAGUGAAUGAAAGACAAAAUACAACCAAAAACGGUUAUGGUACUAAGAUUUCGUCUAGUGUUCAUAAAUUAUUUUCAAAUUUUUAUGAGGAACCUUGCAGAGAUUACUCAGAAGUGCUGAAUUACAAGAAAACUCUGCCUAAAAAUGAAGAAAGGUACGUGGAAUUGAAAACCAAAAGCAUUUUUGACAACCACUUGUACCAUAAGAGACUUGCCAUUUCCAUAGACACUCUGUUAAUGGAAGCAAAUUAUAGAGCUGCCGAAAAAGAAACCUCUGCUUAUAUAUACGUGGUUGGCUUAGGAUUAGGGGUUUGGAAAAUUUCUGACCAUCAAGAAAAAGUUUACAUGGAUGCAUUUGCCAAACGAAUUUCUCUAUUGGGGAAGAAUUUAUCAUCAGUGAGCGAUAUUUGUUUCUCUUACAUAAAUCAAGAGACAUGUGGAAGCUAUAAGAACGGAGAAAUUUUUCCUGUGAAGGAUCAUCCAAAAUCUGGAAUUAAAAUUCAUAUUAUUAAAGGAAAACCUCAUGCCAAGUUGUUAAACGCAGAUGCAGGCAAACUUCUUGUUGUGUCGUACGCUUGGGAUGGCAAUGCUUUACCGGGCAAUGAGUAUUGGUCUGGAAAACUUGGAAGCAGUGGAGAUUCUGCAGCUGCGUCGUCGACACAAAUCACUGAAAUCCACAAUCCUCACAUAAACCCGUUAGUUGAGGCCAAUAAUUUGAGAGUUAUUACCAAAGAUGGUGUUGUUACGUUCAAGAAGUAUCAAGAACUCAUUAGAUGUGACCAUCUUAAGAGGAAGAAGUAGUUUAUAUAAUAACAGUUUUUAUUUAGAGCAUGAGUGCACUAGGCGAUCUGGGCGCCUCCCCCGCCGUCAAGUCGCCUAGUGCACGCUUGCUCUUAUAUGUAAAAGUCGUUUUAAAUUGACGUUAUUGCGGGAAACAACUACUCUGCGGGCUGUCUGCCCCGACCAGCGCUAAGUUAUAUAGAGCCUUCAUAAAUGAUUGCAAGGCUUGUGACCAGUAAUUUUGUUUUGUUUCCUUCACGUUGGCAAUAAAAUUUCGGUAAAAUAUAAACAAUCAGAUCAGGAUUACAUUAAAACACAACGUUCUGUUUCAUCAGCUGUGAUUGGCGCAAUUUUUCACGAGAUUCUAUUCAACCAAUCUGCGAUCGCAUUAUUUCAAGCGUAGACGUAACGGUUUGUCAUUGUUCAUUGCAAACGAAUCACUAAUAUUGGUGCCGCCAAGAUCUAGGGAAUUUUCAAAACCAGUACCAAUCAUGCAAUAUUAGGUUGCCUAUGCUUUGGCGGUCAUAUGGUUAUAAACAUUUAUGAAGGCUCUGUACCUGCUAUAUCUAGAGGAAACAGUUAGCAUUGUUAGUAAGUCUAAUCUCCAGAUAUUGACCGAUUUCACACUUACUGGUUCUUAUCAGUAUGCCGCACAUGAGACAACCGACGAACGAUUCACUCUUCGUGUACCUUUAAACGUAUUAUUUUCAAAAACAUAAAAUUAAGAAGAAACCUAUAAAUAUAGUAAAACAAUUAUUAUUUAUAUUUUAAAUAGUAAAAAAAGAAAUCUAAUGUCAAUUUGGCCUUUAUAAUAACAACAUCGAACUUCAAAAAAAAUUAAUUAAACUAUAAAUAUUUGUCAAACACAUGAAGUAUAUAUCUAAAUAUGCUUAUAAAAUAAUUAUUUUUUAUAUUUUAAAUGUGUUUCCUAUUUGAGCUGCUUAAUUGUUUUAUAUGUGUAUAUUUUUUUGUAAAAUUAUACAUUUUAAAAAUAAGUAAUAGUACCCAAAUCAUUUACUAUUUAACUACUGCUACUUUUGAUUUACGUUUAAUUGUAAGUAUUAAAUUUAUUUAACUUGUAUUGUCAAUAUAAUUAGAUAAAAUCGUAAUUUACAAAUAAAACAGAAAUAUUUUUUUAGAUGUAUUCUAAAAAUAUAAGGUUUGAACUAAAAUAGAAAUUAAU